AUGGCUUCGAGUUUUGCUCUACUAUUAUCACUGUUGUCAAUCCCCCUUUUCUCGGUUUCAUCUGCAAGUUCGGAUUCAGUUCCUGAUUUUCUUCAGUGCCUUUCAGACUAUUCUCUCCCUUCUUACCCAAUCUCUGAAGCCAUAUACACUCCCCAAAACUCUUCCUUCUCAGAUGUCCUCCAAUCUUAUAUAAGAAACCUCAGGUUCACGACCCCUGAAACCCCAAAGCCACUCGUCAUUGUGGCUGCUAAGCAUGAGUCCCAUGUCCAAGCCACUGUUAUUUGUGCUAAGACUCAUGGCUUGGAGAUCAGAAUUAGAAGUGGUGGACAUGACUAUGAGGGUCUUUCGUAUGUUUCCUCUGUCCCCUUUGUGGUCCUCGACUUGUUUAAUCUCCGGUCCAUCAGCAUUGAUAUCGCUAAUGAGACUGCCUGGGUUCAGGCUGGUGCCACUCUAGGCGAACUUUACUAUGGAAUAGCAGAGAAGAGCAACGUCCAUGGCUUCCCUGCUGGGUUGUGCCCUACUCUCGGCACUGGUGGCCACUUCACCGGAGGCGGAUACGGGACCAUGAUGAGAAAAUACGGCCUUUCUGUGGAUAAUAUCGUGGAUGCACAGCUAGUGGAUGUUAAUGGUAGAAUUCUUGACAGAGAAUCCAUGGGAGAAGAUCUAUUUUGGGCCAUUAGAGGAGGAGGUGCUGCUAGCUUCGGAGUCGUUCUUUCCUGGAAAAUCAACCUGGUUCGGGUUCCGGAAACUGUUACUGUAUUCAAAGUAGAGAGGACAUUGGAAGAAGGUGCAACAGAUAUUGUUUCACAGUGGCAAGAAGUUGCCUCUAAUCUGGAUGAAGACCUCUUCAUAAGGCUAGGGCUCAAUAGUGUGAAUGCAACCGGGGGAGGCAAAACCAUAAAAGCCUCCUUUAUCGCCUUGUUCCUUGGACAGACCGACAGACUUCUUGCUUUGACGAAUGAGAGCUUCCCCAAAUUGGGGUUACAGCGAAAGGACUGCAUUGAGAUGCGUUGGGUCGAGUCCCAUCUCUUCUGGUUUGACAUCCCAAAGGGGACUCCUGUUGAUGUGUUACUCAACAGGAUACCAAAGGGGAAAAUCUACCUGAAACGUAAGUCGGACUACGUGAAAAAACCAAUUCCAGUGGAGGGUUUGGAGGUGAUAUGGAAGGCCAUGAUGGAAAUAGAGAAGGUGGGAAUGGCAUGGAAUCCUUAUGGUGGAAGAAUGAGUGAAAUUCCAGCCUCUGCAACCCCAUUCCCGCAUAGAGCUGGGAACAUAUUUAAAAUUCAGUAUUCUGCAAACUGGCAAGAAGCAGGAAUCAACGUCACUAACAACUAUUUAAGCUUGACCAGGGAACUCCAUAAGGUUAUGACUCCAUUUGUCUCCAAAUUGCCAAGGGAAGCGUUUCUCAACUAUAGAGAUAUUGACAUAGGUAACAGCAAAGAAGGAGGUCUUCCAGCAGCUGCCGUUUAUGGGAAAGACUAUUUCAAGGAUAAUUUUGAAAGAUUGGUUCACAUCAAAACCAAAGUUGAUCCUGAUAAUUUCUUUGUAAAUGAACAAAGUAUUCCUCCUCUUCUUCCAUACAAAAUAUGA